AUGGGGGGCUAUAACCUGGACCUCCCCCUUCAUGUCACCUGGGAAGCACAGGCAACAGGCACGAGCAAAAUGCCACUAAAACUCAUCUGCUUCGUCCUCUGCAUUCUGAUUGCACCAGAUCUCACAGGACUUUUAGGUGAAGAUGCACCGCUGCCAGCGCCUCAGAACAUCUCUAUUCUUUCUACCAACAUGAAACAUUUCUUGAUGUGGAGCCCUGUGACCUUCCAGGGAGAAACUGUGAGAUACUCUGUUGAGUUUCAGGGGGAAUAUGAACGAGAGUACGCUAACGAGAGCUGGAUCCCCAUCUGUGAGUGUUCCCUCAUCACAGUCACUGUAUGUAAUAUCACAGAGGAUAUCUCAGCCACCGUGGCCUAUAACCUGCGCGUAAGGGCAGAUAAUGGUGCUCAAAGAUCAGAGUGGGGCACCCUGAAAGGUUUCUUCAUUCGAAAUACAACUCUUCUGACACCACCUCUGAUGAAGGCCAUAGCAGAUGGGUAUCAUCUACUAGUGGAGCUAGAAGACAUGGGACCUGCCUUUCAGUUCUGUGUUCUCUACUGGGAGAAGGGCCAGGAGAGCAGGAUGCAACAGAAGAUGGUGAAGGAGAUCAGCUCCACCAUUCAUCUGGCCACCAUGGAGGCAGCAGCUGAAUACUGCGUAAAAGCCCAGACAUACGUUGAGACAAUCAACAGGAGCAGCAGCUUCAGCCAACCACAGUGUGUGAGGGCACAAGGCAGCAGAUCCACGUGGCCCAUCAGUGUCCUUAUGUCCUUUGCUGGCUUUGCUGUGGCUGCCUUGACCCUGUCUUUCCUUGUCUGGAAAACAAGGAAAAUCUUCCAGGAUUCCUGCUGCCCCAUUGCUGUCCUGCCAGACACACUGAAAGUGCCGGAGCCCCACAGCCAACUGAUACUGUGCAGGAGGGAAGAAGCUGAGCAAUGUGAUCUGAUGGUGCAGGUGAUCCCCUCAGAAGAGGUUCUUUGCCUGUGGAUUCAGGAAACACUUUAA